GCGGCUAAGGAGCCCAGAUGGCCUGUGGGUGCCACGGCGUUGCUGGUCCCUGCCCGGGCGCACCGCCGGGGCCUAGAGGCGAGCGGGAGAGGACGCGGGCAGUUCUGCGCCAGGGGAGCCGGAGAAGCCCCGCGGCGCCCGGCGAGGCCCCUCAGGGCGUCAUCCUUGCCUCUCGAAAGUCAGCCCGUCUCCCUUAGGGAACGGGCGCCCCGGGACGCCGGGGGCUGCUGAGCUGGGGGGGGGCUCGAGCUGCGAGGAUCCGGGCUGCCCGCAGGACGAGGAGCGGGAGCCCAGGAUGGGAUGCAUGAAGUCCAAGUUCCUCCAGGACAGAGGCAAGGUCUCAAAAACCGAGCCCAGUGCCCUGCACAGCCCCGUAUAUGUGCCGGAUCCCACGUCUGCGGGCAAACGGCGGCCUGACAACAACAACGACAACCCACCAGGGUCGACGGAGGGUCCUGACGACAUCACUGUGAUUGCCCUGUAUGAUUACAAGGCCAUUCACCAUGAAGACCUCAGUUUCCAGAAGGGAGAUAAAAUGGUGAUCCUGGAAGAGUCUGGGGAGUGGUGGAGGGCUCGAUCCCUGGCCACCGGGAAAGAAGGCUACAUUCCAAGCAACUAUGUCGCCCGCGUUGACUCCCUGGAGACAGAGGAGUGGUUCUUCAAGGGCAUCAGCCGGAAGGAUGCGGAGCGCCAACUUCUGGCCCCGGGCAACAUGCUGGGUUCCUUCAUGAUCCGGGACAGCGAGACCACCAAAGGAAGCUACUCUUUGUCAGUGCGAGACUACGACCCCCAGCACGGGGACACGGUGAAACAUUACAAGAUCCGGACCCUGGACAGCGGGGGCUUCUACAUCUCCCCACGGAGCACCUUCAACACCCUGCAGGAGCUGGUGGCUCACUACAAGCAGGGGAGUGAUGGACUCUGCCAGAAGCUGAUAGUGCCCUGCGUGUCCUCCAAGCCCCAGAAGCCAUGGGAGAAAGAUGCCUGGGAGAUCCCACGGGAAUUACUCAAGCUAGAGAAGAAACUUGGAGCCGGGCAGUUUGGGGAAGUCUGGAUGGCCACCUACAACAAGCACACCAAGGUGGCCGUGAAGAUGAUGAAGCCAGGGAGCAUGUCCGUGGAUGCCUUCCUGGCAGAGGCCAACCUGAUGAAGACUCUGCGGCAUGAUAAGCUGGUGAAACUGUAUGCAGUGGUCACCAAGGAGCCCAUCUACAUCAUCACAGAGUUCAUGGCCAAAGGAAGCCUGCUGGACUUCCUGAAAAGCGUAGAGGGCAGCAAGCAGCCAUUGCCAAAGCUCAUCGACUUCUCAGCGCAGAUUGCAGAAGGCAUGGCCUUCAUCGAGAAGAGGAACUACAUUCACCGAGAUCUCCGAGCCGCCAACAUCCUGGUCUCUGCGUCCCUGGUGUGCAAGAUUGCCGACUUUGGCCUGGCGCGUGUCAUUGAGGACAAUGAAUACACGGCCCGGGAAGGGGCCAAGUUCCCCAUCAAGUGGACAGCUCCUGAGGCCAUCAACUUUGGCUCUUUUACCAUCAAAUCAGACGUCUGGUCCUUUGGUAUUCUGCUGAUGGAGAUCGUCACCUAUGGCCGGAUCCCUUACCCAGGGAUGUCAAACCCUGAGGUGAUCCGGGCACUGGAGCAUGGAUACCGGAUGCCUCGACCCGAGAACUGCCCCGAGGGACUCUACAACAUGAUGACACGCUGCUGGAAGAACCGCCCUGAGGAGCGGCCCACCUUCGAAUAUAUCCAGAGCGUGCUGGAAGACUUCUACACGGCCACGGAGAGCCAGUACCAACAGCCAUGAUGGGUGGAGCCUGGGCAGGGCCGAGUACCCAGCUGACGCCCAAGAGGUGGUUCCAGCGCCAUCUGCCUGGUGCCUGCUUGUGCUUCCCACUCCCGGACACCCACCCUCGUCCCAGCCACGGCGCCUCAUCUGUCAGGUGGGUGGGCUGAACUGGACAAUCUCGUUUUGACUCUAGCGAUCUCCAGUCUGCUAUCCUCAGGAGACCCCAAGUUGAUAUUUCUUCUAGUGCCUGGGACAGCUGGGUUCCGGUUACAGCUGUGGUUUGGACGGGAAACUUUUAAAAAUCAUGAAAUAAAUAUUUAAGUAAAAGAUACAAAUGCUAAA